CUCUAUUAGAGACUCUAUGGUUCAGUCAGAACCAGCAGAACUCCACUGUUUACCUAAAGCUAGUUUAAUAAACUCUUAUUUUCUAGCUAAUCAUUAACCAAUAACAGCGUUAAAAUCUGCAGUAAAUUACCGUGUCCUUCAUAAUUCAGUGUAAAUAAAUGAAUGUAGUUUAUUAACGGAAGUUUCAGGCCGUAGUUUGGUGGUAUUUUAAUGAACGUGGCGUUAGCAUGGUGGCUAACUCCGGUUAAUUUACCUCAGUUUUCUCUGCUGCUGUUAUUAAACUUCUCCUCCGAUAUGAACAGAAAAAGAUCAUUAAUCCCGGACGCGUUUAGGGUGAAAAAGCGAAGAUUCGGGGCUGAUAAUAUUAACGGGCAUCCAGAACACGGAGAUACUCAAGCAGAUGGACCUCCUGAUGUUAAGGCCACACUUCAGUAUCUCAUGACUCUUUUUCCUCGCAAACUUUUCAACGACAGCCUUCCGCAAAUCGUCUUCAAGCACCAGCUCUACAGUUUACACAGCGACAAAACCUUGGUGGACAAGCAAGUGAAUGAAUUGAGAGAUAAGGGGGAACUGCUCAUGUUCCAGCUGGGUUUCGGCUCAGAUGCCUUUGGCCUGGUGUUUUCUGAGGACUACAGAACCAAAGUUCUGGCCAUGGAAGAUGGAAGAUCCACUCUGGGAACGGUGGAGAAGUUUCUGGAUAAAGUUCUGCCUGGAUGCUCAGACCUGAGUUUCAGCAAAGACAAAAUGCUGAAGCACUUCCUUUUCACUGAUUCAGAAAUAACGCAGCUUGUGAAGUCGGGGGUGCUGACUGUGAGGGACGCUGGCAGCUGGUGGUUGUCUAUUCCAAACUCGGGCCGGUUCACCAAAUACUUUAUACAGGGACGCAAGGCUGUUCUGGGCAUGGUCAAGAAGUCAAAAUACAAUGAAAUAUUAAAGAACGAUUUGCAAGAACGACGCACCACUUCACAUGUUAAACUAGAUAUAAAAUACCACAUUCAUGAUAUUAUUGGAGCAGAACUGGUGGAAUGCAUACAGACCACAUCAGGAACCUUGUUACGAUUUGUGGACACUUGAUAAUGAAUUUAUCAACUCUUUGGAGAGGAAAACAAUGAAUGGCCUUAAGAACAAAAUCGAAAAAACUCUGGGAGGCAUGAGAUCAAUUCCUCCCUGUCGUUUUCAUGCUUCAUACCGCGAGAUGUUCAGCACACAGGAGAGGGAUGAACUACUGGUCUUGGAUCACUGGUUUUUGAUGCCAAAAAAUGUGAAAUGUGCAAUAUAGCCACUUUACUUUCUGUACACAACAACACAAAAAUAUUUUUUGCUUUCAAAGAGAUUUUUGCUUAUUUAUUGUUUAAAUUUAGUAGCUCUUCUGUUACAUCUGUGCGCAAGUUUCUGUUACUUGAAUGUAUAUAUAUUGAAAUAAAUAACGUAGCAGUUGAGUUGUUAUCUUUUGCUUUAAUUUAUCGACUUUUUUGCUUCAAGUAGGACAUUUUUACUCCUACAGUUGGUCUGGUUUGGCACAGAAAAAAAAUCCAUGCACACCUAAAUGCAUCACAAUGAACAACAUAAGAAUAUUUGUUUUCUUAUCUGCUGAUUGGUCAGACCUGUGUGGGGUGGAGCAAGCAAGUAAAUACAGGAAGAAGGAGAGAAGAAGCUGUAAUUGGAGAAGUUGUACAGCUGAACCCUUUUAAUAGAACAUUGACUACUGAUGAACUGAGCCAAUCACAACCCUCGCAUUAAGUUGACCCUAUCACUGCCCAGCCAAUCACAGCUGAUGCAAGCAGCCACGCUUAUAACUGUGUUAAUUGUGGAUGUGGAGGUCCAGCGCAUUGCAGAAAAUACAUUUCUAUAUUGUUAUGAAAUAUUUGCCAAAUAAAAGUGAAAUCAUUGUGUUUUAA